AUGAAGACGUCCUUCGCCGCCCUCGCCACGCUCCUUUUCGCGCUUGCCACGCCGGCCGUGGCACAGUGCUCCCAGUCUACCGUCACCGUCACCGUCACCGUCCAACCUGCUGCGACCGCCGACAGUGCUGGCAACGUGGGAGCCGUCACCGGAACCGCCGUCGGCUCCCUUGCUGGUGUAGCUACCCCUACUGCGGCGGGCGCCAACUCUGGAUCCACGGGCGGCAGCGACUCUGGCGCCGCAGGUGCCGUCUCUGGAGCGGCGGGCGCAGCCUCUGCGGCCGCUGGUGCUGCCUCUGGUGCGGCCUCUGAAGCCGCCGGUGGAGCCUCGGCCGCCAACGGCACCGUCACGUCCGCCGCGACUCCUGUCACUGAGACUGCUGCGGCCCAAAUCACGGACGGCUACGACGACUGCGAGGAGGGAGACUCGACCGACGUCCCGACUGCGACCGACGACUGUGAGGAUGACGCUGCCCAGCCAGAGGAGACGGACGACUGCCAGGACGAAGGCGACGUCACGACCGCGUGGGGAGCCACGGCCACGGGUGGCGCGUACAACACCACUGUCGAUUCCAGCAACUCCACUGUUCCCGUCGACAACUCCACUGUUGGCCUCGACAACUCCACUGCUGGUUCCAACUCGUCGCUCGUCAAUGGCACCUACGGAGCCGACAACAGCACCGCCAACGUCACCGCGGCCGUUCCCGUCGACACCAUGUACACCGAUGCCGCCGCGACUGCGGCCGUGACCGCUUAUUAA